AUGCUCGAUUCUAUUAUACGGUUAAUGUCUGAUUACGAGGAAGAGAAGCAAGCCGAGGGCGUUACUCGUAUACGCCUAGCUAAGCGUACCGUCCGGGAAAAUCUUUAUAUUACUACCCUAUAUUUCGAGUACCGCUUUAUAGCCUUCCUUAAGAUAUUAAAGAAGAAGUUUAACCUUAAGGACUAG